AUGACCGAACCUGUUCCGAAUCCAGUCUCACACGACAAAUUGACAGAUCCAACUGGAUUCAGCACAUGUAUUUUCAAGAUGGAGGGAUCUGCACCUCUGUAUCAUGAAGUUUCUCCUUUUACGGUACGAUCAAAGACUUCAAUUCUUAAAUUUUUAAAAUAAUUUUGAAUAGAUCGUCUCUGAACUAGUUUGCUCGCUCUACAUCAACGAACGUACAGUGAUGCGUGCAGCUGCGCAUACUCUUUGUACGAACGUUAAGCUUCAACUUUUCUUUCGUGUCAGUCGAACGAAUAAUCAAGCUUACCGGGGACAAUCGAUGAUAUAUCGCUGAGUAUGUUAGUCUUUUUGUUGAUAUUUGGCUGAACUUUGGAAUACCCCAGCACACUGUUUUUUUUGUCUGAACGGGAGAAAGAGUAGGCGGGGGGAUGGGGAGCGGCAAUUCUCUGUAAGGUGGGUGGUUAUGUGCGCAGAUGCCCUUGAAAAACUGGAAGGGUGUUCCACAGGGUAUAUGCCUCUGGGAUUACAUUAAGUAUAUUCAAACUCAAUCAGUGAAUAGCUAUCAAAAGCAUAGACGUAAAUAACAAAAUAGCAAAGAGAAAAACGACUUGAGGUUUCCUGAUAUUUCAGGCAGACAAGCGGUCCUUCUUCAGGGGAUUUGAUUAAACCUCAAGUCGCUUUUCUCUUUGCUAUUUUUCAUUUAUGUGUAUAUUUUUGUCUUGGAUAAAACAGCAGGAUUUGGCUGUCGUCAUUUUAUAUAAAAAGUAUCAAAACCAUACCCAUCCACGGCACUGCAUAUUUAUUAUAUCCCUCUGUAAGGGAGGGCUCUGUUAUGGUCAAUGUAGAGGGGCCAUUUUCUACUAUGCAUCUCUCGGUUUUCUUUCACAGCCAAAUCAAACCACCCCUUAGCUACAUACAUGUAUAAUAUAUCACUGCCAUCCCUUCUAGUAAAAAAAACAAUACCAACAAAAGUAAAAUCUUUCUUGUGGUCUGGGUCAACUUAGAUAGACAAACUUGAAUAAAUUCAAGUGUAUUCUAGGCUGACCGUACUCAGAGAUCCUGGGGGAGCUAUUACCAGCCAGAUAGAUAUUUAAGGAAAAUUGUUGCAUACUUCUCAAGAGACCCCCCCUUCCCACCCUGCACUUACUGCUUCUGAGCUAAGAGAAAAAUGAUGGUCUCCCACUUAUUUUUCCCUUACUUUGUUGUGAAUGACUAAAGUGGUUUUCACUUGACUGUCGUAAAACCAAAACCAAAGUAAAUACACUAGCCAACCAAAGGGCAUAGUAAAACCAAAACCAAACCAAUUCCUCAAUUACUUUCGACAGUCAAGUGAAAACCACGCUAUAAGGAAUGAUCAUAAAGUUAUGUGGUGUUGUAACUUGCUAUGACUUUUCUUUACAGAAAUUAAUGCUAAGAAUUUUGGCUGCUAGUGCAGGACUGGUUGUAUUGGUAUGUACAGUAUUGUGUUGGGUGAUGAAGCUUUUAGAGUGCGACUACUGUAACCAGGGUCACUUAGACAAAGUUGAACAAUCAGUUACAGGAAAAUAACAAUACAUUCCAAGAAAGUUGGUUGUGGGCCAAUCAGCAGCUCAAGAAAAACAAUAAGUUAUAAGAAGCACAAAAUUUGAAGAAUGAUAGCUAACAAAUGUUUUUCGAGAAAGCAAAGUGUUUCAAAAGAUAAUGUUUGUUUCCUUGAAAAUUUACAUAACACCCAGGAGAUAUUACUUGUUUGACACAAGGGGGUAUUUUGUCAUCUACUGGCAAUGUCUUGGCUACGAUUGCUACACUUUCAAAUAACAUGCAACUUCAAGUCAAAAUUAUGACUAAUGUUUACGCUUUUUGCCUCCAUCAGUCACUCUCAUGAACCUCUCAGGAAACACUGUCUUUCCUCAGCGGGUUCAAAGGGUCAUGUCAGUAGGUUGUGAUUGGUUGAUUUCAAUCCAUGUUGUUUAUUUCAUUUCCUGGUAAUUAUGAUUGACAACUAACUUCCUCGGAAAGUAUUGUUAUUUUCCUGUAAUUCGAUUGGUCAACUUUAUCUAGGAGGCCCUGGUUAUAGAAGUCGCACUGUAAUUCCUUUAGAUGUAUUUAAUGUACUUAUAUGAAAACUAAAUAAUUGGCUGAAGGUUUUGCAGUGUUAUAAGUUGGCACAAUUUUAUGUAAUUUGGAAACAUAACCCAGGAAUUAUUAUUAAUUGAUGCAAAUGAUUGUGAAUUAUCCUCUCUUUGCUUUUUACAGGUCACACUAAUAAUCAGCUUUGUCAAGGCUGCCGACGACUCUAUGAUGUAUCUUAUAGCUGUCAACAUGUUAAGUAAGUACAAAAUAUAGGUGUGCAAUACAUAGAGGAUAUUACACGGUGGCAUGAAGAUAUGAAUUUUUUUUUCGAGUGGCAAAACAAUAUUUUACGAAUGAGCGCAGUGAGUGAGUAAAAUAUUGUUUUUGCCACGAGAAAAUAAAAUUCAUAUCUUCAUGCGGCCGUGUAAUGUUCUUUUUAUUAUAUAGACAAAAAGACAUCGAUAAAAUAAUAGAGGGAAAUUACCAAAAUUACGUCAUCGAUAAACUCACGUGUGAGAUUAUGGAAAAUAAACUCCUCGGGUCCCGGAUGUAGUUUUUAUGAAUUUUACGAGUGGUAUAUUUUCCAGUAAAACACUCGUGUCUAUAUGAUAAAGUAUAAUAUUGGUUUUUUCACCUCUGAAACAAUUGUUUUUUGAUAUGUCAAGGGUGAUAACAUCAAAACAGUGUUAAUUGCAAUGCAGGCACAGUUAGUUUGAGCACUUUAAAAAUUAACAAUAAUGUUGGUUUCCUUUUGAUUUCAGUAAGCAGUGUGAUUGGAGGUGUAAUUGUAAGUAUGAUCAUAGUGUGACUUAAAGUACAUAACCUCUGCAUGAGAAAGUUUUCAUGGGCCUUAAAAAGCCAUGAAUCAAAUGGCAGCCCAGGUUGUUUAAACAGUAGUUGCCCAGGUCAGUUCCCUGUGCAUUGUACACAGGGUACCAGGCCUCUUGUAGGUGUAAUCAAAUGGUGACAAGUCAUAUAAGGGAAUAAUUUAAAGGCACAUUUUGUCCAAAUCCCAUUAAUUUUCUCCAGCCUUUUGGGUGAGGGAAAUUAUUGGGAUUUGGCUAAAAGUUCAGAAUUUUUUCAGAAUCUUACAACAAAAUACCUUGUAGAAUCCUUCUUGAUGUGCCCUUUUGUGUGUUUAGGUUUUCUAACCUGUCUUUUAAUGCCCUGACAUCUUCAUUCAUAACAUUUUGAAACUUUGUCUCCAUCUUAUAACAUUCAGUUUUUUCAGUACCAAAAGUAAUGUUUACUGUUUUUCAUGUUUUCAGGCAUGGUGGUAUCACAAAGGAAUCAUAGUAAGUAGAUUAUUUUAUCAACUUGUUAUGUCACAGUUAAUUUUUUUUCCUUCGGUUUAUUUUUGUUUUUCCUUUGUCUCAAAUUCAUAAGCAUUCAAUACCAUACCUAAAAAUUAAAACAAUCAUUUAAAAAAAAACAUUUUGCCCAGACAAUGAUUAUUACAUCAACAACAAACCCUUCCGUGCAUGUUGUCAAAAGAUUAUAUACUUAUUUUUAUGUAAAUAUAUUAUGUAUUCUAUUUAUUUAUUUAUAUAUCUAUUUUUUUAUAUCGUUAACUCUACAGGAAGCCAAGAAAGUUGCAUUCAUGGCAUUUGUAGGAGUCUGUAUAAUUUUCCAAGCCAUUAUAUCUGAUGUUUAUGUUUAUAACAAGAAGGCUGUCACAUCGUCACCAACAUUAUCACCAACAUCGUCACCAGCUCCCCCACCUACAAACAGUAGCUUCAGCAUAUGACGCUAAUGAAAACUUGAUAAAAACAGUGGACAGGAGAGACUUUUCAAGAUUAAAGAACAGACCCAAAUAUCCCUAGAGGAAAGCUAACUAACUAAAUAAAUAAAACCUUGCCAGAAUCGUUUUACCCAAACGAUAAAUUAACGACAAUGUAACCACAGAUUUUGAAACCCAAAGAGUCUUCCGAUCAUCCAUGUCACUUUGAAUUUGGAGUACUCCCUGAGGAUAUAAGUGGGUUAGCAAGAAAAGGCGCUGCUCAUUUUCCUUUGUCAAUAUUAGGAUAUGCUAACAAUGAAAUAUCUUUAUUGGCAUAAUAAUGUUCAUCCUGCUAAGCAAGUUUCAUUACAAUGGAAUAGUAUUUGCAUGAGUCUUAAAAUGUGCAAGUUCGUUAAAAUGAAGUGAGAAAUUAGAAUUUAUUUAAUUUACUAUAGUUAGAGAUAUUUUUUCAAAUUUUAUGCUGUGUCCAGGUGUUCAGAUGUGGAAGUGUGGUGCGCCAUGUUGUGUCCACCCCCUCUCUGUUCUUCUCACUUGUCUUUGUGCAUGCGCCAUCUCAACAAUCUGAAUGCCUGGAACAGACUGGCUGUGUCUCAGCAUAGCAUAGCUCUUUCAUUAGAUUUUCCCAUUCACUUUACACAGGUGAAAAUUUACAUAAAUAAUCCGAACUGGAGUGUCCUUUCUCCUUGUUUUC